GCAGCCGGGGCGCGCGAGCGGCCCGCGGGAAGCACAGCGGUGCGCGACCCGGAGCCAGGUCCGGGUGGGCUGUGGUCCGCGCGCCGCCGCGCCGUCCUGUUGGAGGAGGGAGGGGCUGGCGCAGCCAUGUUCGUGGCGCGCAGCAUCGCGGCGGACCACAAAGAUCUCAUCCACGAUGUGUCUUUCGACUUCCACGGACGGCGGAUGGCCACCUGCUCCAGUGACCAGAGCGUCAAGGUCUGGGAUAAAAGUGAAAGUGGGGAUUGGCAUUGCACUGCUAGCUGGAAGACACAUAGUGGAUCUGUGUGGCGUGUGACAUGGGCCCAUCCUGAAUUUGGACAGGUUUUGGCUUCCUGUUCUUUUGACCGAACAGCUGCUGUCUGGGAAGAAAUAGUAGGAGAAUCAAAUGAUAAACUGCGUGGACAGAGCCAUUGGGUCAAGAGGACAACACUAGUGGACAGCAGAACAUCUGUUACCGAUGUGAAAUUUGCUCCUAAGCAUAUGGGUCUUAUGUUAGCAACCUGCUCAGCAGAUGGUAUAGUCAGAAUCUACGAGGCACCAGACGUCAUGAAUCUCAGCCAGUGGUCUCUGCAACAUGAGAUCUCAUGCAAGCUAAGCUGUAGUUGUAUUUCUUGGAACCCUUCAAGCUCUCGUGCUCAUUCCCCCAUGAUCGCUGUAGGAAGUGAUGACAGCAGCCCAAACGCAAUGGCCAAGGUUCAGAUUUUCGAAUAUAAUGAAAACACCAGGAAAUAUGCAAAAGCUGAAACCCUCCUGACAGUCACGGAUCCUGUCCACGAUAUCGCCUUUGCUCCAAACUUGGGACGGUCUUUCCACAUUCUUGCCAUAGCAACCAAAGACGUGAGAAUUUUUACAUUAAAGCCUGUGAGGAAAGAACUUACUUCCUCUGGUGGGCCAACAAAAUUUGAAAUCCAUAUAGUGGCUCAGUUUGAUAAUCAUAAUUCUCAGGUCUGGCGAGUGAGUUGGAAUAUAACAGGGACAGUGCUGGCAUCUUCAGGAGAUGAUGGCUGUGUCAGGUUGUGGAAAGCUAAUUAUAUGGACAACUGGAAGUGUACUGGUAUUCUGAAAGGUAAUGGGAGCCCUGUCAAUGGGAGCUCUCAGCAGGGAAACUCAAAUCCUUCUCUAGGUUCAAAUAUACCAAAUCUUCAGAAUUCAUUAAAUGGAUCUUCUGCUGGCAGAAAGCACAGCUGAGUACCAGCUAACUGGAGUAACUUUGCUGUUUUGCUGCUUGUUGCAUGCACACAGGAAUGGGAAGCAAGCUCCUUUUCCCCUUCCCCAGCGCCGUUUGACCUCUCCCAAGAUACACCAACAGCCUGCUUACUACUAAACGCAGUCCAAAAGGCCUUUAAAAAUACAGUGUAUAUCAUUUUUUUUUGUGCUAGCCAGUUUAUUGACAUUAUUUGAAACUUUUGAAAUAUAAAUGGAGAGGCUUUUUGUUGAGACAUUGUCACCAAAACAAUUUUUUGAAAUGUUUCUGAAAUGAACAUGGGUUUUAAAAUUAAAGGAUUGUUACCAUCCUCAUUGCUAGUUGGGAGGAGGGAAAAUAUCACUCUAUUCCAUCUGGAGACUAUAUAUAGACUUAUGUCUUUUAUUUUCUAAAACAGUAAGCUAAAAUGAAUUUUUAUAAUUUUAAUUUGAAGAUUGAAUAUUUUUCAUAAAGAUUGUUUUGAGUGCUAAUUUGUUUACCUUUUGUAGAAUUGGUUUAUACAUGAUAUUAUUCAGUACAACUCUGUUAUUUCUUUGUAAUGUUUAAAAAGUAUUAGUGAAGGAGUGAGAGAAGUAGUAGUGAAAGUAACUUGACUGUACAGUUUGUAGCCGAACAACAUUUGGUAUUGCUUCAUUUAUAAUUUAGAAGUAAAAUGAAAACAUCUUUGUAAGUUUUCAGUUCAUAUUCACUAAAGAGAUAAAUGUUUCUAAUAUGUGCUUGUAUAUUUUUAUGGUGUGAUUUCAUGGCUUAAGUUUCCUUCAAGUCAAAAUUUGGAAACAUAGUAUAAGAAGCAGAUAAAACUCUGCUAAAAUUGUGCAUGCAUGUUAACCUCCACAUUCCAUGUCCCAGGAUUUUCUUAAUUUUGUUGGCUGCUUCAUUUAGUUCAUAUCCUCUGAUAACAAAGCUAUAAAUCUUUUUUUGAGAAAAUGCUAAAGUAUUACGGGUAAGUUUUAAAAUGGCAGAAGAAUAACAAUAGGACAUAUUUUUGAGCCCUUUUACUUAUCAAAAUUUUGUACUAGUCUUUUCGCAGAAAAACAUCUAAGUACAUUCAAAGAUUGUGUUUCUUCAAAAGUAUGUUGCAAUAGCUGGCCAUACUAUGUGAAAGUCUAUCUGAAUUGGUCCUCAGUAUCAUGUAUGCACUAAAAAAUGUGCUGCUGCUACAAGUGAAGUGUUGCUUAAAGAAAAAGCUUAUUUGAUUUGUAAAUUACAGGAGAGCAUCAAUAUGUUUCUGAGAGACUAGAAAAUGUUUUAAAUUAUAAAAUUAAUGUCUUUUUUGUAACAUUCAUACUGAUAAUUUUUUUUAACAUUUUAAGUUUAACAGAUUGUAUUUCUUUUUUCAAGUUUCUAUACUUGCUUAAAUGAGCCUGAUUUGAGUAAGGGUCUUGAUUUUGCUAUUAUGUUCCGUUAGUUUUGGCAUGAAUAUAGUAAAGCUUUUUUUUCUAGCAUGUGUUUUUUCCUCUUUGGUUCUCUUUGUAUUUACUACUUUUCUCUUUUUCUUCUGUUUUUUCUUUUUUUUUUU